CGCGCCCUCUGUUGGAAAAUCCACGCCGUUUCUUGCGCAAUAUUAAAAUCCAAAAUGGCAGCCCCCACGAGUAAAACGAGUGAAACGAAAGUUGACGAGGAGGACCACACAGAAACUGAAGAAGAGAGCACCUUUGCAUCACUAGGCGUAGUAGAUGUGCUGUGUGAAGCAUGUGAACGUCUGAAAUGGAAGACCCCAACCAAAAUACAGCGAGAGUCUCUUCCACUCAGUCUGAAAGGGCGUGAUAUCAUUGGCUUGGCGGAGACAGGUUCCGGUAAGACCGGGGCCUUCGCCAUCCCGAUCCUGCAAGCGUUGCUGGAGAGACCCCAGAGACUCUUUGCCUUAGUGCUCACGCCAACGCGGGAACUCGCCUUCCAGAUAUCGGAGCAGUUUGAAGCUCUGGGAUCCGGCAUAGGUGUCACUUGCGCUGUGGUUAUUGGAGGCAUUGACAUGAUGACGCAAGCUCUACAACUGGCCAAGAAGCCACAUGUCAUAGUAGCUACCCCGGGCCGUCUUGUUGAUCACUUGGAAAACACCAAAGGUUUCAGCCUUCGAGCCUUAAAAUACCUGGUAAUGGAUGAGGCUGAUCGCAUCUUGAAUAUGGAUUUUGAAGCCGAGCUGGAUAAGAUCCUGAAAGUCAUUCCCAAGGAGAGGAACACGUAUCUCUACUCUGCAACUAUGACUAAAAAGGUUGCCAAACUUCAACGGGCGUCAUUGAAAGAGCCGGUCAAGGUGGAGGUAUCCAGCAAGUAUGACACGGUGGAGAAACUGCAGCAGUUUUACGUCUUCAUACCAGCCAAGUACAAGGACUGCUACUUAGUGUACAUCUUGAAUGAGUUGGCUGGCAACAACUUCAUGGUGUUCUGCAGCACAUGUAACAACACACAGCGAGUGGCACUCAUGUUGCGCAACCUGGGUAUGACGGCUAUUCCAUUGCACGGGCAAAUGUCACAGUCCAAGAGGUUAGGAACGCUGAAUAAAUUUAAAGGGAAGAGCAGAUCCAUCUUGAUUGCAACUGACGUAGCCAGCAGGGGCCUGGAUAUUCCCCAUGUUGAUAUUGUCGUCAACUUUGACAUCCCUACACACUCAAAGGAUUACAUCCACAGGGUUGGGCGGACGGCCAGAGCGGGCCGGGCAGGAAAAUCAAUCACGUUUGUCACACAGUAUGAUGUGGAGUUGUACCAGCGCAUUGAGCAGCUGAUUGACAAGAAACUGCCGUUAUUCCCCACCGAGGAACAGGAAGUGAUGCUGCUCAUGGAGCGGGUGACAGAAGCUCAACGCUUUGCUAAACUGGAAAUGAGAGACUACGAUGACAAGAAGAAAGGGCGUGGCCGGGGCGGGGAGGAUGACUCGGAGGAUGCGGUAGGCAUCCGCAAGAAGCUGAAGAUGUCUCACAAAGGAAACAAGAGAUAGCGAUAAUGGAAUCGUGUGUACCAUCACUAGGAGGGACAAAUGUUUAUGCUGAUGUUGGGGACGGGUUACAAAGUCAGUAGACAGGCUUAAUAUACACAUGGGUAUAAUAACGUUUUAUAUGAAAAGUCACGUUUACAAAAAGAUAGCUUCUGCAAGAAGCUUUUGCUUCAUGCAAGAAGCAAAAGUAUUAACAGCAACAUGUGUGUCAUCACCAGGAGGAACAAAUGCCCAGUGUCAUAGUCAAGUACUUCUCAAAUUCCAACAAGGAUAGUUUAAGGUAAUAUACAACAGCUUUUGCUGUAAUUUUCAGAAAUGGAUGGAUUGGGGGGGGGGGGUAGUAUUUUAUAGCAAUAUUGUUACACUGACCUGUUUGAUGUUUUGGGUUCAUAGAUGCUGGAAAAACCAAGAAAAGUAAUCAUGUUCUUGUAGUCUGGUUUCCUGACCCCACUUAAGAUGAAACCAGUCCUUCUGUUUCGAGGCGUGUGAUCGCACCCCCACGCCAUCACACGCCUAAAUGCUUCCUGAGAAGUGCCAAUAAUCGCACGCCUGAAUCCCUCAGUACCGCACACCUUGGCAUACAUUUACGGCAUAAUUAUACUUCAUAAUUUGUGAAAAAUAAAGUACGUCGGUGAAGAGAAAACGGC